AUGGCUGAGACUGCUCCUGCUCCUGCUCCCCACGCUGUUGAUGAUGAAGAAUCCAUCCUCCACGAACUGAAUGAGGCCAUAGCGGCCAACCCAGAACUGCGAGCCCCAACCCCCAAGCCUGCCGAAGGAGAAUGGGAAGACUUCGAUCGCCUUCUUGCUGAAAACCCACAGUUAGCCGCUCCAGUUGUAGCAUCCCCCAAGUCAAAAUCGUUCUACAAGUCCAAGGACAAAUGGGAGUGCCGCCAUGAAGGAGAAGAAAUCCAGACUGAUAUCGAGCGAGAUCCAGGUGAUGGGACACCCGAGGUUCUCAUCAACGAAGUCAGAGGCAUUUGUAACAAGUGCAUGGAGAAAUGGGUCAACCUCGAGAAUGCUCUGGAGCCAGAUGCCACCGAACUUGGAGGAAGCUCUCAUGGUCCUGCCAGGCCGCCAACAUAUGACCAGGCGCAGGGUGCUAAUGUGCUCGACGUGGAAGAUGACGAUCUGCAUCCACGUCCGUUAUUUGAUAUAGACGAUGGCCCUGGCAAAGGCAAGGGUCGCGCUGGUGGCCAUGUUCGCUAUGGCUCCGAUGACGAGGUUGAUGACGACGAUAGGUCAAUGUAUUCCCAGGAAGACGGUUUCAAAUAUCCUCCACCUGGUCUACAGCAACGUCAUCAGGGAAGGUCCUUCGCUGAUGAUGAUGAUGAUGAUGAUGAUAACGAUGACGAUGUACUCUAUGAUAUGCAUCCUGAUUGCCGACCACACGAGGGUUCUCAAGGAGCCAGCGUGCCUAAUCAGGCCCCUCCUACCUUUCGGUCGGACGAUGAAGAUGAAUUUCCUCCAGUCAAUCCCCGUGGAUCGCACGCUAAGCCUCCUAACCAACGCCAAGCGUAA